AUGGCAGCUCUGGUCAUGAAAAGCGUCUGUAUGAGUCUGCGCAUGCGGCCAGGUGUUAUCUCGAGUAUCCGAUCUCUAUCUACAUUUACUACCUUCAAUGCACAACCACAUCCAUCGUUACUAUUACCACUACUACCACCAACGAAUUACAAGCUCAAUGCAGUUCAACAGUCUCUUGUAUUUGAGACGGGUAUUAAUUACGUGGAAAUGGACGAUUCUCAACUACCGCUUAACCAGAUUGAAGAGCUCAAGUGUCCUCCUACCGAGAGUUUUAACAACGAGCCAUUGCAGGCUAUUAAACGGACAUACCAGCCCAGUGUAUUGCGUCGCAAGCGAAAGCACGGCUUUCGUACACGUCGAGUGUCCAUUUCAGGUCGCAAGGUCCUGAAACGUCGUUUUAAUAAAGGACGAUGGCGUAUGUCGCUAUAA